CCAGAAAUUUCUGACAUCUUUAAUUGCCAUCCCUCCCCCUAAAUCUCAUCCUCUGUAUCUCUCCCUCACUCAGAUUUCAAUUUUUCAAUUGAUCUUUUGAUCAAUAUCUCUGUACAUAUACCUAUAUAUAAUAAAUAUCUCUCUCUAAUGGAUUCUCCGAAACUCCCGCGCUCUCUCUCCACCUCUUCCUCCACCCCAUUCGCUUCCUCCGCCUUUAAACCCCACCGGAAAAACAUCCCCUCUCGCAACUUAAUCCUCAUCAUCAUCGCCGUUUCCGCCAUCCUCCUCCUCCUCCUUACCCUCAUCAUCUACUCCACCGUCUCCAAAUCCUCCCACAACGCACCGCACAAACCCCCUUCCUCCGCCGCUCCUCCUCCUCCCAAGACUCCUUCUCCUCCUUCCCCUCCUCCAAUCGCUCAGAUCCGCCUCGCAUGCAACGCGACGCGUUUCCCGGACCACUGCUUCUCCUCCCUCUCUAAACCGGGCCUGGUCCCUCCCGAUCCCAAACCGGUCCAGAUCAUCCACUCCGCGAUCUCCCUCUCCUUCGAGAGUCUCAAGUCCGGCCAAUCGCACAUCAAGUCCAUCCUAGACUCCUCCGCGGGGAACAAAAACCGCACGAACAUCGCCACCAUUUGCCUCGAGAUCCUCUCCUACUCCCAGCACCGCACCGAAUCGACCUCCGCCGCCGUCGCCAGCGACGGCGGAGGGAUUAAAGACGGCCGCGCGUGGAUGAGCGCGGCGCUCGCGUACCAGUACGACUGCUGGUCGGGGCUCAAAACCGUCAACGACACGAAGCAAGUCGUCGACACCAUCACCUUCCUCGGCGAUCUCGUGAAGCUCACCGGCACCGCGCUGGGCAUGAUGGUGUCGUUCGAUAGCUUCGGAGACGACGUCGCUUCGUGGAUCCCCCCAGCAACGGAACGUGACGGGUUCUGGGAGAAGACUAAACCGGGUUCCGGUACGGUUAAGGAUGCUAGUUUGGGUUUUCCGUCCGGUUUGAAGGAAGACGUGACGGUGUGUAAAGACGGAGGAGGGAAAGGGUGCGGUUACACGACUGUGCAGGAAGCGGUUGACGCGGCGCCGGCAACUAACGGAACCGUUAAGUUUGUGAUACGGAUUAAGGAAGGCGUGUAUGAGGAAACCGUUAGGGUGCCGUUUGAGAAAAAGAACGUUGUGUUCAUUGGAGACGGUAUGGGUAAAACGGUAAUUACGGGUUCGUUGAAUGUAGGUCAACCAGGGAUGACAACGUUCAACUCCGCAACUGUCGGAGUUCUCGGUGAUGGGUUCAUGGCACGUGACUUAACCAUAGAGAACACGGCGGGAUCAGACGCGCACCAAGCGGUUGCGUUUAGGUCAGACAGCGACUACUCAAUACUCGAAAACUGCGAGUUUCUUGGGAACCAAGACACAGUUUACUCUCACUCACUUCGGCAAUUCUACAAACAAUGUCGGAUCGUAGGCAACGUGGACUUCAUAUUCGGUAACUCAGCUGCUGUAUUCCAAGAUUGCAGUAUCCUAAUCGCUUCAAAAAAUUCGAAACUAGACCAAGGAGGCGGCGCAAACAACGCUAUCACAGCACACGGGAGGAUCGAUGCGGCGCAGUCCACAGGGUUCGUGUUCUUGAACUGUUCGAUUAACGGAACAGAGGAGUACAUGGAGGAGUUUCUAGCUAACCCCAAGGGGCAUACGAACUAUUUGGGAAGACCGUGGAAGGAGUUUUCGAGGACUGUGUUUGUAAACUGUAAUCUUGAGUCUUUGGUUAGUCCUGAUGGAUGGAUGCCUUGGGAUGGGGAUUUCGCGUUGAAGACGUUGUAUUACGGUGAGUAUAAGAAUACGGGUCCUGGUUCAGUUAGGUCUAAGAGGGUUCCUUGGAGUAGUGAGAUACCUGAAAAGCAUGUUGAUGUUUACUCGGUGGCUAGUUUUAUUCAAGCUGAUGCGUGGGCUUCGAAGUCUGCUUGAUGUUGUAAAGGAGAGUUGAGUGUUUAGGAUUUUGAAAAGAGGAGAGAUGUCGUUGUAAAGUGUUAAACAUGUCAAGCGUAUAUAACAUAUCAUAUUUUUCUGA